AAGCAGUGGUAAGAGAGUGGCCAAAAAUAUGCUGCAGGGCUGUAACCUUCAGGUCAAUGCCACAGGACGCUUCAUACUAGUCCGCAUGCUAUAGUCAACUCGAUAUUUGACUGCACCUACUGUCUUACUAUCAUCCUUAUCAUGCAUUCAAGGCCCCCUCCUCUACUUCAAUAAAAUGGCAACUACAGAUACAGACAAUCUCGAUAUUCCUCUAGAGAAGUUGCAUAUUGAAAAGCACCAUCAUUCCGAGGGUGUCAGAGCUAUCAUCCAACCGGUUCAAAGUGGUGUUCUUGUUGACACUCCUGAGGAUUGCCUUCGUGUCGUUACUCUCUACGCCUACGGCACCGUCGUACACGCCGUUCGAGCAUUCGCUAUUGCUCAAACACCGUCAGAAAUCAAGUUCUCGCUUCGUCUGCGCCAAGAUGGAGAUGUUCGUUCUCUUUGUGACAUAUAUUACUACGGGAGCGAUGGCUUGGUUCUUCGCAAUACUUCCCACACUUUAAUACACCUCGACUCCACGUCUAGUUUUGAUUCACUCGACGAGGCUGCCAGUCAACAUCGCAUAGAGCCCGAAGAUGCACAAGUCAUUGCCCCCGCAGUUUGGAGACUAAGCGUCAAGGGCUCACCCGUAUUAAACUUCAGGAUUUUGCCACGUUUCCACCCAAUCCUCCAACUGCCAGAGCGUCCGGCACUAUACCCUUCCGCGGAGCCGAACAAGUUAAAACGAGCUCGUUCACCGUCCGAGGAAGUUGAAAUACCCACAUUUCAAGAACGGGUUAACCGGAAAGUCAAAGCACUCCACCCUGAAGACGAAGGGGUACUUCUGUAUAUCCCUAGCAGUCAGCGCGGAGACUCCUUGACAGCGUUGACUUCUCCUAGCCGCCACGUGCACUCCCUUGCUGAAGGUGACAAAUUAACACUUCCUGGGGUCUGGGAUCACGAUGGGUAUUCCAUCACAAAGCGGAGGCAUGUCGCUUCGGCAGGAUUGGCAGAGGUCUAUCACGCUAACCACAGCGAGUUUGGCGAAUGCGUCGUCGUAAAAGCCCUGAAACCUCCAAUCUCAGACACGAAGUCACCGCAAGAGCUAGCACGACGUGUCACCAGCCAUGCAGAUGGUUGGUUUCGGGAAUACGUCAUCCAGAAGCAACUUGACCACGACUCGAUUGUCAAGAUAUACGGUGGUGAUGCUCGAUACAUGACGCUCUACCUAGAAUAUGUUCCUGCAAAUGACUUGGCCAAGUGUGGAAUCUGGCGAAACAACGAAAACAACUUUACAGGAACCAAAGACGACGCGUCUCAGAUAUGGAGCGAGAUUGCUGGGGCGCUUGAAUAUGUGCACGGCAAGGGCAUCGACCAUAACGAUAUCAAGCCGUCAAACAUCCUCUUCUCUCGGGAGCGUGGUGCCGUUCUUUGCGAUUUUGGUCUCUCUUGCCUUACGGGAGCCAAGCCCACCACGAAUGGAGGCACGCCAUACUACAUUCCACCCGAAUACCUUACCAGAACUCUUAGAGGACAGCUUGCCGACAUUUGGGCAUUUGGUAUAACAAUGUUGUAUGUUCUAGGGCAUAUACCUUUACCAGAAGCCAAGCACAAAGUACUUUAUUGGCGCAUCGUUGAAGUACACAGCCGAGCUCGACCACUACAGCAACCACGCCAACCUACUGCAGCAGACAAAAUGCGGAGCUGGAUAAGUGAAAUCGAGGAGACGAAGAGGGGUCUUGAUAUGACAGACUACAGCACGUUCAUGCUCAUUGACAUGCUUGAGCAAAACCCAGUACGUCGUGUGAUGGCUUCUGAGCUCCGGAAGCGCCUUAUGUUCGAAAAGAUGCCCAGCAACCGCGCUCAUGUGAAGGAAAGAUCCCACGAAGAGCAAGGAAAUGAUCCCGUUGAGCUGCCAAGUUGGAGGUUGUCGUCACAUGAAGGCUCUACCACCGAAGAAAAUACCGUUGUUGCAACAAGCGCCGCCAGAGUGUCGGAAACAGACCGCGUCACGGCGCCCACCGACAGUGUUAGGCCAUAAGCCUGGGCACAUGGGAUUAUCACUGCUUGGCUCAAGUCUUGCUCGCUCGACACCACUGUGAGGAGCAGCCCAGCUAGUAAGCAGCCAGUUGGUCAAGAGGCAGUCUAAUUUGCAGUACUUGAAACUUGACAUCACACCGAGAUUUUUUGAACUCCAUGGGGUACCCCAAGCAAUGGUAAAUGCGUGUG